CAACGUUCUGGUUCGGGAAGACACAUUGUGUAAGCAUCGCAUCACCGGAAGCGUGGAAAGACACAGUUAAACUGUUUGACAGGCCAGUCGGAUUUUUCGAGUUCGUCAAACCUCUUUUUGGUGAGAAUAGCAUCCAGUUUGCAAAUGGAAAUUAUGGGAAACAGCGACGUAAACUUCACGAUGCUUCAUUUACACAUCAGGCUGUGAAAAGCUACUAUCCAGUUUUCCAAGAGAAAACUGAAAUUUUUAUUAGAAAGAUAAUGGCACUGCCUCCUGAAGAACACAUCCCAUUGUCGGAAUAUGUCUCUGUAUUCGUGAUGAAAUCAUUAAUGUCGGCAUUAUUUGGGCAGAAUGUAGAAAAUGACGAACAGACUGUAACUAUGUUACGCCAUUACGAAACCGUAAUGCUAGUACUGAACAAGAAGAUGUCAGCAAAUACUGAAAAGAAAAACACAUUUCAUAUAGCGUUAAAUGCAUGGCAUGAGUUCAUUAGGAAGAUUAUCCUAAAACGACGCAACGAACCAUCGGAUGAAAUGAGAGAACGUUUUUAGACGAAUUAAUGGAUAAUGCCGAAGAUGAUAAUACACUGGUGUGUGAUAUUAUUACUUAUGUGGUGGCCGCCUACCAUACAUCUACAUUCAUGUUGGUCUGGUCUUUAUAUCACGUGGCAUCCCGGUCUGACGUACAGGAGAAGAUAUACAAUGAAGUUACCAAUGUUCUCGGAAGUAAAUCAAACGUUGAACCUGACAACUAUUCACAGCUACAGUACACGAUGCAAGUUUUAAUGGAAUCGCUACGAUGGUCUACACUUGGACCGUUUGCUGCAAGAGUGAAUACGGAAGCGAAUACAACAGUGCAAGGAUACACGAUUCCGAAAAACACUCCAAUCGUCCAGGCAUUGGGUGUAGUUCACAUGGAUGAGAAAAUAUGGCCUGAACCAGAUAGGUUCGAUCCGGAUCGAUUUUCCCCGACUGAAAUAAAAAAGCGUCAUGGAAUGUCUUUUCAGCCUUUGGGGUUUGCUGGCCAGCGGAUCUGUCCUGGCCACCGUUUUGCGUACGCGGAGGGCGUGGUUUUCCUGGCUUCCAUUUGUAGGCGGUUGAGGUUCCAGAUCGUCGAAGGCCAAAACAUACAACGAAGAUAUGGAUUUGUCACCAUACCAGACACGGAGAUAUGGGUUACUGCCUCAAAACGUGAUGCAAUGUGA